GCAUUGCCGUUGGACACCCAUCUUUGAUAUAAAACCAGCUUCACAAGACACAGUUGUGGGAAUAAGAGUUCUUCAUGAGCACAGAUCCUUUGCAGAAUCUGCCUGAACCAUGAGUGGAAAAGGUUGCCAGCUCCUGGUGUCUCCCUGCAGCAUUCCUCCAUCACUGAAUACAAUCAGAGGCCACCAGUCCCAGACCAUCGGGAUACCUGUGUCUUCUUCACCUCAACAAGCAGGACUUGGGUCGUCCACAGGCAGAACGGAGAAAGCAAAAAGCAGAAGCAUCCAUUCUUUAACUUUUGGAAACCAAAAUGAAGGCCAUGUUGUCCUCCCUAAUCUGAGCCUCCGCAGAAAAGUGUUGACCAAUGGGAAACAUUUAACGGUGCCACCCAGGAACCCAGAGCAAAUACCCACUUUUCCACUUCAGAACACAUCUAAGACAACUGCCAGGAAUGCAAAACUCCUAAACUCUUCUAUCUACAGUGUCAAAGCUGAUUUUGCAGUGUCUGGAUCCACUUUUGAUGCCUCUGGUCCGGCAGCGGGUGUUAAUCUAACAGUGACCAGUAGCCCUAUAAGUGCUUUCUCAGUGCCAACAUUUCCUGCAAGACUUCGGCCUCCGUCCUCUCACAGUGUGCCAUUUUCUCACAACGAUGCCAGGUCCUUAUUUUCCAGAGAAUCCCUGGCGUCCACCACCCUCAGCCUGUUUGAAACCCAGUCUGUGUUUAGUAGCAAACACGAUUGGGCAUAUGGCUACCGUGUGCUUCCCCCCGUGGGACUACCUCAGAACUGUGCCCAAGCCGGUGAGGGCAGUGAACAAUUCAGCCUCUCCCCCGGCACAGCCAUGUCAGGCACCACCGCGUCAGAAGAAACAAGCACCUCUGCCUCCCUGCCCUCGUAUCUUUUUGCAGCUGAGGCUGGAAGCCCGAGACAAUCUCAUGCGAAGAAGAGAGCACUUUCCACGUCACCAUUGUCAGAUGUCAUGGGGAUUGAUUUUAACAGCAUUAUACGGACCUCGCCCACAUCGCUUGUGGCUUACAUCAACAGUUCUCUCAGCUCUCCGUCAUCCCAUCUCACCCUCUCUCCUGUUCACUCUGACGGAUAUGGUCAUUUCUUAGGGGUGAAAGGUCGCUGCAUACCCUACAACCAUCCAUGCAGCAUGCCAGGCCCUACACAAACAGUAACCCUGCUAUCAGAGUGUGGCCGUAUUCAGGUGCUUGAUGAGGGAGGGGGCCUGGAGAACCAGAUGGCUAACAUGAUGGUGGGGCCUCAGUGCCUUUCACAUGAAGAAGGGUUCCUGGAAAAGACUUCAGAGAGUUGUAGCCAAAUGUCUAACUGCACUCUACCACUGUUGCAGCCAGAGCCAGCGUCGUUGACAAGGGUCCAAGAAGCCACUGUUCCACAUGGGCCUCCUCCCCCUUACCACUCACAUCAUCACAUAAACCCUUCCAGAUACCACUGCAAAAUGAAGGCCCAGUCUCAGAACACUGCCAUACAAGCUCCCAUGUUUCCACACAGGCACGGAGUUACCUUUUUACCACAGAUUCCCAUGCUGGAGGAGGAGGAAGGGGAGGCAGAGGACUGCGGCACCCACUGCUGCAGGUGGCUGGAUUGCACUGCAGUUUACGACCAAAAGGAGGAGCUGGUAAGGCACAUAGAGAAGCUGCAUGUGGACCAGCAAAAGGCAGAGGACUUCACGUGCUAUUGGGUUGGCUGUCCACGAAACUUUAAGCCAUUCAAUGCCAGAUACAAGCUUCUUAUCCACAUGAGGGUCCACUCCGGAGAGAAACCCAACAAAUGCUCGUUUGAAGGCUGCAACAAGGCUUUUUCUAGACUUGAAAACCUGAAGAUUCACCUGCGCAGCCACACAGGGGAGAAACCCUAUAUGUGUCAGCACCCAGGGUGUCACAAGGCUUUCAGCAACUCAAGCGAUAGAGCUAAACACCAGCGAACACACCUGGACACGAAACCAUAUGCCUGCCAGGUGCCUGGCUGUGCAAAGCGCUACACUGACCCUAGUUCAUUGAGGAAACAUAUGAAGUCUCAUUCUACCAAAGAGCGGCAGUUACGGAAGAAGAUGAAAUCUUCCACUGAUGCAGCCCAAGACGCACUGGCUGACUGUUUGACCAUUCACCCUCUACAUCCUGACAUUUCCCCGCCAGCAAGGCUAGACAACAGCUUGAACCCAGCUCUUGGUGCGUCUCAUGAUACAUACUGCUGUGCAACACAAGGACAGGAUUCUUAUCACAGUCCCCACUUGGAUCAGAUGUUCUCCUUACCAGAUAACUACAGGUUUGUUGAUGAGCUGAUCUCCAGGGAUUCCUCUGGGCCUUCCUCCUCCACCUGCCACCCUCUUCCUCCCAGUGGACCGACGCUGCUGAACAACUGUGAUCUGAAACAACUUGGCCAGCCUCCUGAUGUGGUGGAUCAGAGCCCAGGAUUUGACGUCCAUGUUCAUAUUCAAGAUGCCCCUGCUGUUCAAGAGUUGCAUGGUGGGGAUUACUUCUGUAUGGUGGACCACAGCUCAAGCAAGGUCCCCAGCAUCUAUACAGAGGCGUGAUACUACUCAGUGUUCGUGGGUUUGCACUGCUUUGUAGUCUUUUAUAUUUAAAUCAAAUGAUUCACAAUAAGAACCUAUGUGAGAACGUACAUGAGCCUUCAGAAAUUUCAUGUUUUCUUAAUCCUUUCCUACACUUCUUGGAUAUAACAUAAGGCACUUUAAUACUUUCAGGUGGCAUUUUGCACAAUGUCAAUACUGAAUCAAAGCAAAGUAUGCAAGAGAUGAUUUAUUACAGUUUUUUCUUAGAAACGUGUCUUGGUAACUAUAGUAACAAGAAAACCUUUAUUAUUUGACAGCAGUGUCAUACAUAUUACUUGUUGCUUGAAUAUAGUAGUGUUCAGUGACCAUUUCUGUGUUUAGAUAAUGAGGGAAAUUACUGUUUGGGAUCACACCAGUGACUUAUAAUGCUUUAUUACUGCAAAUUAUUUAAACUUGACAACAUUCUUGGCCCUUUAUGAAAGCAUUAUAUAAUGCUUUACAUUUUUGGACCUCUCUGCUUACAUUGUAUGCCCGCAUGGUGAGAGAAAGUACAUUGUUAUAAUAAUUAAUUGUAGUGAUAGUCUCUUGUUUCCAGUUUGUAUUUUAACAAAUGAUCAAAAUUCAUAUUAUUUCCUUGUAAGUUCCACAGGAUUUCCCAGGUGUGUUGGAUAAGAGAAGUAAAUAAUUUGUUCUCUCAUAUGUGGUUUUUAAUAAAUUCUGCAUGG